GGCCCCCAGUCGAUCCACUGACUCGGGCGGGGAGAUAUGUAAAUUGUCAACACUCCAAUUUCCAGGCCAUCAAUUCAUCACGGGUUGUUUCAUAUUUUCAUUUCAUUUAUCCAUAUCUCGCCACCAAACUACAAGAUAAGGGAAUCUUUUUCAAGCAUUCCAUACAAGCACUGAGCAGUCAUGUCGUCCACAACCAAGGCUUCAAGAAUCGGAGAAGAGCUUUGGAAAACGAGGGUUGACAAGGUAAAUGCGGAGUUGGUGACCUUGACCUACGGAACAAUCGUUGCGCAACUAUGCCAGGACUAUGAUGGAAACUACCAGGAGGUGAACAAACAACUGGAUAAAAUGGGCUACAAUAUCGGGAUGCGGCUUAUUGAAGAUUUUCUGGCACGGUCGAACGUGGGCCGCUGUGCUAAUUUCCGGGAGACAGCCGAUAUGAUCGCAAAGGUUGGUUUCAAGAUCUUCCUCAACAUUUCGCCUACCGUGACGAAUUGGACGAGCGACAACAAUCAAUUUUCCCUCAUCUUUGAAGAGAACCCGUUGGCAGACUUUGUCGAACUGCCCGAUGAUGGCAGGGCGCAGGAUGAGCUUUGGUUUUCCAAUAUUCUAUGUGGUGUUCUGCGAGGUUCACUCGAAAUGGUUCAAAUGCAAAUCGAAGCUCAUUUUGUGAGUGAUGUGCUGCGAGGCGACGAUACAACGGAGAUGCGGGUAUCGCUUGUAAGAUACAUCGAAGAUGAGAUGCCACCUGAGGAAGAGUAAAGAAUAUGCAUGGAUUAGACAAAUUGAGGCGUCUAGGUGUUUCAGGGUUCUAUUAAGUCUAAUGUUAUUUUCUCCUGGUAUUCUGAUCCAUACAUCAUAUUCUGGUUGAUACAGGGGUGAUAGAUAAUUGAUAGUGGAUGAG